AGUAGUGUGGGGAUUUUGCAGAAGGCAUUAAUGGCGGCGUAGCUAGGGAAGCACCGGUAGCUUUAACUAGCUUGCAAGAUCCACUGCGACAUUAAACUGGAAGUUAUGAACAACUUUGUAGUGAAGAGUCGCAAGUGAACAGUUGGAUGACUCCUUGUUGCUCGGCCAGAGGUUGGAAUAUGAAGUGAGCGAUGAGUUUGCACCAGGUCGCAACGGGCCAGACGACUCUCUAAAGAACAUGCUCAGUGACAAGGACCCCAUGCUCGGCUCUGCCAGCUCGCAGUUCCAUCUGGAGGACAGCGAUGACUUUGGCAUCCUAACAGGUGACGGCAUAAGUGUGGUGAAGCGGGGCCGGGGCCAGUCGACUGGGGCCCGGCUCCAACGGGGGGGCAGGAGGGGCUCCAGAGGAGGACGUGGGGCCAGCAGUGCAUCCAUGAACACCCCCAGCCCAGACGCACAAGGUAGCGUCAGAGGCAGGGGCUCUCGAGGAGGCCGGAGGGGUGUGAGCGGCCGGGGGCCGAGAGUCCGUGGCGGCAGCCUGUCCAGAUCCAGCCUGUCCCGCUCGGACAGCGAGGCGUCAGCCGGGAGGGGGCGAUCGCGAGAGCUGCUGCUCAGCAGGAAGUUCACGAGGUACAACGUCCACGAGGCGCUGCCUGCCUACAUGAGCCCUGUGGUGUUGCUGCGGCGCCUCUCUGUGGUGAUCGGGGGCGUGCGCAUCGAGCUGAUCCCCGGGCCCUCGCUGGGCGGCUGGUCCCUGGACCAGGGGGGCUCACAGGAGGACGGGCUGCUGUGCAUGGACGGCAUGGGGCUGAGCGUGGAGGACGGCGUGAGCAUGGGCAUGGGCAUCACCAUGAACGCGGAGGAGAUGGUGAGCGCGGAGUUGCCCGCGGUUGUGGAGGAGGCCGUUCCGGAUGCCCCUGUGGCGAAGGCAGCGGCGGUAGCACCGGCUCCACGACAGAGGAAGGUGACCAGCGACGUGCCGCUUGGCCCGUACGUCAACCCCAACGACGUCCAGAACACCAACGGCUCGCUCCUGUUUCACAAGCCUGCACGGGACGUGCCUGUUAAACUGGACCUUAAAGCUGGCGGUGACCAAAACCUUAAAUCCAAGCUGAAAUCCAGCAAAGUCCAGGAGAAGAACAACGUGGUACAGCAACAACCGGAGUCCCCCACGAAGCACGUCAAAUCGAAAGAGGUGCUGCCCUCGUCUCCUGACAAAGCCAAGCCGACGUCACCGCCAGCAAAACUCGGUACGGCCAGGAAGAGCCUGAGCCUCCCCUCGCUGAAGAAAGUGUUUAAAGCCGUGCCCAAGAGUCCCGCCGGGGACGCAAAGGAAAAAACGGCGGCGCUAAACAACACCGUGACGCUCAAGCGGCCCGCGGAGCUCAUUAAGCUGGGCCCCUCGCCCAAAAUGCAGAAGGUGGGAAGGCAGGAAUCCUCAUCGCCCAUUAAGUCGCCCGUCAAACCCGGUGCACCAAAACCACACGGCAACAAGGUGACCUCCGCCUCCACCGCCACCUCCUCCAAGCCACAGUCGCCUCCACCGCACGGUCAUCAUCACCAUACCUCGCAUCCGCAUCCCAGCCUCCACAGGCAGGGCUCCCACUCCUCCUCCCACAAGAAGCCUCCUCCAACGUCCCCAUCCACGCCCGGCCCCGCGCAUUCGAAGCAGAAGCCGCACCUGCACCAGCAGGAGAAGGAGGUGGAGAAGGAGAGCGAGGAGCAGGAGAGGGAGCGCGAGAAGGAGAAGGAGAAGGAGCUGAGGAGGCUAAAGAAGGAGAGGAUGCUGCAGAGGCGGAACGCCCGCAGCAUAUCCGUGGAGGAGCCCGAGCUCUUCAUCCCCGAUAACGCCCCGCUCCCGCCGUCCGUACCCCCACCCCCUGUGGCCCAGAAGGAGGCCACUGUGGAGGAGGAGGUGGAGGAGGAAGAGGAGGAGGCGGCUGAGGCAGAUGGAGAGGCACCGGGGCAUCUACACUGCGGCAUCUGCAAGAAGCCACACAGCAACAGGUUCAUGGUGGGCUGUGGUCGCUGUGACGACUGGUUCCAUGGCGACUGCGUGGGCUUGGACCUGGACAAGGUGCAGCAGAUGGAGCAGGAGGACCAGGAGUACGUGUGCCUGCGCUGCUGCGAGGCGGAGGAGGACAGCGGCGCCCCCACCAGGCCCGAGACCAGCACAGCAGCUCCAGAACCCACAGCAGGAGGCCACGGCCACGGCUCCGACCGGCUGGCCACUGCCACCACCACCACCACCACAACCAAAGAGCCACCACCCACGCCCAAGAAUGACACCCACCACCACCACCACCACCAGCCUCCCUCCUCCAGGCACGGCAAGCAGCCGGGCGGGGUCACGACGGACGGAGUCCGGCCCUUCAGGAAGGACUCAACCCAUUCAGAGAGGAGGCAUUCGUCUGAAUCUAAAGACGCCACAUACAAACCUGAUACGCACAAAAAAUCGGAGAAACACAAAGCUAAAGUUUCACCUGUGAAGCAGCCUUCCACAGAUCAAAUCCGACGGAAUGUCCGGCACACCUUGAAGGAUAUCCUUCACAGCAGGCUGAAAGAUUCAGACUUCAAGGUUUCCUCGGAUAAGGUGUCAGAGGUUUCCAAGAAAAUAGAACGAGAGCUCCAUGCUUUUUUUCAAGGCACGGAUAGCAAAUACAAGAGCAAGUACCGAAGCUUAACUUUCAACCUUAAGGACACUAAAAACAAUGUGCUGUUCAAGCGCGUUCUUCAAGGCGAGAUCUCUCCAGGCGACCUGAUUCGGAUGAGCCCAGAGGAGCUGGCCUCUAAAGAGCUAGCAGCGUGGAGGCAACGGGAAAAUAGACACGCCAUAGAGAUGAUCGAGAAAGAGCAGCGCGAGGUCGAGAGGCGGCCCAUCACCAAAAUCACACACAAAGGAGAGAUCGAGAUUGAGAACCAGAACCAGGAGCCCCUCAAGGCCCCUGAUGCCAUGGAACUGGAGCCUGAGCCUGCUCCCAAGGUUCCGGAAGAGCCCGAGGAGAAGCCUGUGGUGGUGGAGGCGGAGCCUGUGAAGGACACUAAAGACACCACCAGCCUGCACAAGUCUCACCUCUUCGAUCUCAAUUGCAAGAUAUGCACUGGGCGUAUGGCCCCACCUGUGGAGGAGCCUGCCACAAAGGUAGUGAAAGUGGCCACCACUGUUACUAAACGGCCGUCAGCCUCCGAACUCGAGCCUACUCGCGCCCCUUCGCCGGACAUAGCGGACGAGCUCGAUGCUUUAGAAGGCAGCCUCAUGACCUCUGGAAUAUAUUCCAGUUUUGAUGGACGGUCUGAAACCUCAAGUGGAAAAGAUGAUCCCUCCACUUUUCUUGCCAACUUGGAAAGCUUGUGGAACGGUUUUGUUGAUAUGGCUGCUGUGGCAAAGCUCUUAACAAAAGCCUAUCCCGUCUCAGGAACUUUAGAUCAUCUAACGGAGGAUCUGCCAGAAAACAUCCAAGUUGGUGGUCGAAUUUCACCACAAAUAGUUUGGGAUUAUGUUGAAAAAAUCCGGGCCUCUGGAACAAAAGAGCUGUGUGUGAUACGCUUCACCCCAGAGACGGAAGAAGAUGAGAUAUCAUACACUCUGCUCUACGCCUACUUCAGCAGUCGCCGGAGAUAUGGAGUGGUUGCUAAUAACCGAAAGCAAGUUAAAGACAUGUAUCUCAUCCCCUUGGGCUCAACUGAGAAAAUCCCCCACCAGAUAGUACCUUUUGACGGCCCAGGAUUAGAGACCAAUCGGCCUAAUCUCCUGCUGGGUCUCAUCAUCCGGCAGCGUCCCAAGAGAGACUAUGGUGCUAUCCUCCCCAUGCCCCCCAGCAGCAGUGACGCCGUCUUGCCAAAGGCUGAAAAGACGUCAGAUCCUGUCAUCGUGCCUGUGAAAGUUCGGGAUGAGGAAAACCACUUCAUGAGCUCUUUGAAAGCUCCCAUAGGAAAGGAGGCCCCGACAUUUAAUCUGCCCGCGUCUGGCGAUCCGUCGGGGAACGAGCCCAUUGAUACUGAGGACUCGUCCGCAGACUUUGGUCUGUCUGAUCCAUCGAAACCGUUGCGCUUCCUCCCUGGCGUGCUCGCGUCAUCCUCCUCAGCGAAGCAAGCAAGCAAAGCCGCUGCAGAUGUGGAAGAAGCAAGCAAAGAGCCGAGCACCACAGGACACCAAGCCCCCAUCACGAGUGACCCAAGAACUCUGGGAGGCUCAGCCAAACCUGCGACUCCCACAAGUCUGAAUCGAUUCAUCAUCAAAAAGAAAGAUUCUAAACUUGUCAAAGUGGAAGCAGGGUCAUCUAGUGAGACGUUGAAAUCUGAUGCAAAACCGGUCAAGAAGGAAUCGCCUCCAUCCGGAGACUCUAAGAACUUUCCAUCCAGUACAGAACCUGCAAAGAAAGAGUCUCGUUCGCCCAGUCCGACUGAAAAGUGUGCUGCCAUUUCAGAAUCUGCCAAGGAAACAGAUUUAUCAACUCAUUCUGAAAAGUCAAUUGCUGAUUCUGAGAAGUCAAUUGCUGAUUCUGAGAAGUCAAUUGCUGAUUCUAAAUCAGUGAAGUCAGAAGCUGCAGUCAGUAUUGCAGAAACUUCAUCAAGCCCGCUUCCAAGUGCUACUAAUACAUCAAGCAAGUCACUGCUGAUGUCUAUGAAAGACAAACCGGCAGGAAUUUCAACUGAGGCAUUCCUAGCUGGCCUGUCCACGCCUGACACUAGCCUUCAACUACCCGCCACAUCGGACUCAUUAAUGAAAGAGGAUUCUCUGAUUGGCCCAGAUGUCCCGGAUGAACCUCCUAAACCGGACUCCACAACCGCUGCCGUGCUGGACUCCACUGCAGAGGAGAUUAAAGGUUUUGCCAGUCCCACAACUAGUCCAGAACCAAAUGAUGCCAAGACAUUAACUGGGCUGAAGGAUGCAGCUCCAGAACAUAUGGAUAUGAAGGAUCCAAGAGUGCCGGACCAGUCAAAAGAUGUCAUGCGUGGGGGCUCCCUCUCGGCGGCGUCAAUGCCUUCCUCCUCAGAUCCAUCUUUAAACGACUACAGACCCAUGACCGACAUCCAAAGCAUCAAGACCAUUUCAUCCAACUGCAAGAGCAAAGACUCCCUGAUGUCUUCCCGGCCGCCUAUGCUCAACACUCCCCCUCCUAAGCUGUUUCAUUCCCCUGCCCCUCCGUUCACUCGUCCCCGUGCCCCAGGUCUCCACGAUGCCCCCUUUCGCCACGGCCCCCCACCACCGAUGCCAAACUACCCCACCCCGAGCAAUCCGCCACCCUUCCUGUCAGUGCCGCCACCGAUGGCUCCAAACAUGGGCUUCCCGACGCCGCCUCCUCCCAUGAUGUUUUCCCCAGGUCCUCUUCCGUCUCCUUCCUGGACUCCGCCUCCAGUGGGUCCUCCUGCUCUCCCGGCCGGCUUUCCCCCACCCCCCCUGGGCAUGCUUCCUCCUCCUCGCCCACCAAUAUCGUUUGGGAAUCAAGGCUUUGCCGAUCCCGUGCCGCUUCCUCACGUCUCGCCGAAGGAGAAGGGACCGGAGCCACAGCGCUACCACGACCCCUGGGAGAGGCCGCGCCAGCACCCGGAGGACGCCUCCGGGCACAAGAAGAGCGACACACAUCACAGCCGGCCGCGGCACCACAGCGAGUCCCGGCAUGAGAAGAAGAGCCGGCGGCACGAUCGGGAUUACGAGCGGAAGCGCGAGCGUCGCAGCAGGAGUAAAAGCAGGAGCAGGAGCCGCAGCCGCAGUCGGAGUUACAGCAGGAGUCGCAGCCGCAGCAGGAGCAAGAGUAUAGAACGACGCCACAAGGACCGCAAGCACUCCAAGGACCGUCACUCGGAGAAGCGGAAAGACCGGCACCAUCACGGGGAGGACUCGAGCGGCCGUCACAAGGACAAAGACAGGGACAAACACAGACAUGAAAAGAAAAAGAAGAGGUCAAAAGACAGACAUUCUUGAGUUUGUUUUUUUACACACACAAGCAAAAAACUAUACAAAAGAAAACAUUUGCUUCAAUGCCUUUUUUCCUUACAAAAGCUUGUUUUUAUUUUUCAGUACCAUAGAUAAAAUGUCUGUAGAAUUAU